AUGUUGGAAGAGGCAUUUAUAAAGUGCCAGUAUCCGGAUAUUCAGCAGAGAGAAGCAUUGGGAAAGCAAAUUGAGUUGGCUGAAGCGAGAAUUCAGGUAUGGUUCAAAAACCGACGAGCCAAAGCACGUAAACGUCAACGCAAUGAAAGCAGUGACAGUUGUCCGACGGAUGAUACAAAUGAGGAUGAAGGAGGAGAUGGAGAUGGGGGGAAUAAGAAGAAAAUGAGGGAUCAGGAAGAGGCUACUAUUAUUACUUGGACUCCCGGAGCAGCUCUAUUCAACUCCUCCACCAUUAGUCCAACGGCAGUCAUUCAAAAUCCACCACCACUUCAUACUCCACCAAUCAAUUUCAUGUGUCAUCAAAAUCCGUUCUAUGGAUAUCCGUAUCAGAAUUUUAGUACGAUUCCUACACACUUGAUGAGCAACGAUUUGGUGGGACUUGCUCUCGAGAAUAAGAACUUGGGAUGA